GGAAAUGGACACUUGGCGAUGUCCUGGGUUCCCGAGAGGAGUCUUGGGCUCACGACUAUGUCAUCUGCAGGGCAGCCCACACACCUCGGUGUCCCCCCCCCACCUCUACCCCCGGGUCUGUGGUGCAUGCAUGUGUGGCCGCUGCAAUAGUUUCAACUCGGGAGACAGAUGAGGAUUAAGUAAGGGACUUAAUCCUUCCGGAAAACCAGGACUGCAUCCUGAGUGCAACGGUGCGACCCCAGGACAACCAAGGCAUCAUCGCUAGAGAAAGGGGCGCUCUGAGUCACGCCCUCCUCCCUUCUUUGCUGGGCGAGCUCAGUCCCGCCCCGGCCAGACCCCGGCGCGCUCGAGGACCGCGAGGAGCCCAGCCCUAGCCCGAGCGACUGAGCGCAGUUAGAGGUCUCCACCUCUCCCUUCUGUCCCCUGGGAGCGCAAUCCGGGAGCCGACGCCGUGAGAGGGUGGGCGCAGGCGGGGGUCCUGCUGCCCCACUGAGCGCCUAAGCCUGCGGAGGGGUGUAUACACCCCAAGGAUCCAGACGUGUAACCCCUGCCAGAUGUGGGGGGAGGCUACCCAGAGACAUGCCCCUCACCCAGCUCCACAGUCCCUACCCCCUGCUGCUGCUGCUGCUGUCAUGCCUGGCAAAGGCACCCUCUGCCCAGGUGAUGGACUUCUUGUUCGAGAAGUGGAAGCUGUACGGUGACCAGUGUCACCACAAUCUGAGCCUGCUGCCCCCGCCUACCGAGCUCGUCUGUAAUAGAACCUUCGACAAGUACUCCUGCUGGCCUGACACCCUGCCAAAUACCACAGCCAACAUCUCCUGCCCCUGGUACCUACCUUGGUACCACAAAGUACAGCACGGCCUGGUGUUCAAGAGAUGCGGGCCUGAUGGGCAGUGGGUGCGAGGACCACGGGGGCAGCCGUCGCGCAAUGCCUCCCAGUGUCAGAUGGAUGAUGAAGAGAUCCAGGUCCAGAAGGAGGUGGCCAAGAUGUAUAGCAGCUACCAGGUGAUGUACACUGUGGGCUACAGUCUGUCCCUGGGGGCCCUGCUCCUUGCCCUGGUCAUCUUGCUGGGCCUCAGGAAGCUGCGCUGCACCCGAAACUAUAUCCACGGGAACCUGUUUGCAUCCUUUGUGCUCAAGGCUGGCUCCGUGCUGGUCAUUGAUUGGCUGCUCAAGACCCGCUACAGCCAGAAGAUUGGAGAUGACCUCAGCGUGAGCGUCUGGCUCAGUGAUGGGGCGGUGGCUGGCUGCCGAGUGGCCACGGUGGUCAUGCAGUACGGCAUCAUAGCCAACUAUUGCUGGUUGCUGGUGGAGGGUGUGUACUUGUACAGCCUGCUGAGCCUCGCCGCCUUCCAGGAGAAGAGCUUCCUCUUCCUUUACCUGUGCAUUGGCUGGGGAGCGCCUCUGCUGUUUGUGGUCCCCUGGGUGGUGGUCAAAUGUCUAUUUGAGAAUGUCCAGUGCUGGACCACCAACGACAACAUGGGCUUCUGGUGGAUCUUGCGGAUCCCUGUCUUCCUGGCCAUCCUGAUCAAUUUUUUCAUCUUUGUCCAUGUCAUUCAUCUCCUUGUGGCCAAGCUGCGUGCCCGUCAGAUGCACUAUGCUGACUAUAAGUUCCGGUUAGCCAGGUCCACGCUGACCCUCAUCCCUCUGCUGGGGGUCCAUGAGGUGGUCUUUGCCUUUGUGACGGAUGAACACGCCCAGGGCACCCUGCGCUCUGCCAAGCUCUUCUUUGACCUCUUCCUCAGUUCCUUCCAGGUGAGUCCCCGCCAUACCCCACCCCUAGGGCCCGGAGUGCUAUCCCUGACCACCCUCUUUCUCCAGGGUCUGCUGGUGGCUGUCCUCUACUGUUUCCUCAACAGGGAGGUGCAGGCAGAGCUGCUGAGGCGUUGGAGGCGAUGGCGAGAAGGCAAAGCCCUUAAGGAGGAACAGAUGGCUAGCAGCCAUGGCAGCCACGUGGCCCCAGCAGGGUCUAGACAUGGUGACCCCUGUGAGAAACUUCAGCUUGUGAGUGCAGGCAGCAGCAACGGGACUGGCCUCUGUGCACCCUCUAUGGAGACCUCCUUGGCCUGCCAGUCUCUCAGGGUUGGCUGACAACCCCACUUGAAUCCCCACUGGAGCCCAGCCAGGCUGGGUUUGGAAAGGGCCUUACAGGACAACCCAGAACCAGAUGCCUGGCCUAGGCUGGACAGAGAAUACGGCUGGACAACAGCUUGCACUGCCCACAUUCCCCCAACCUGUCCUGACCCUGGUAUGGGCUGCACUGAUGGGGUGGGGGUUGAAUAUGAUGGAGAAGUUGUGCUAUGAAGUGUGGGUGUUCCCAUGUGUGUUGACAUGUCCCAUGUGCACAGAUAUAUGUCCUUCAGUAAAGAGCUCAAGUAAUA